AUUAGUAUAUGUUUCUUCCUCCAAUUCCAAACAUCCACAGAGCUCUCUCUAACCUCACAUCACACCAAGUUCAAACCCAAUCUCAUUCUGGAGCGUUGAAAUCACGAGCCAACAGUAGCGCGUGAAACAUAAACCACCCGGUGAAUGGUGAUAUCCACCUUGCAAACGCCAUAAUCCCGAAAACGCGAUUCGGAGAAACAAAAAGCGCGAUGAGCGACCAUUCGCGGUUGCAAAACGUGCGUUCUACUGCACAACUUCUCAGAGAAGCAACCUCGUCUUUCUCCUCAAAUCUAUUCACAUUCCUUUUCCUUUCUCUCUUAAUCUUCUCCUUUCGAACCAUCGUCGAAAACGGUACCUCGCGUUUCAUCACGUUCGUUGACCGCGAUCCCGCCGUUAAAGCUCUUCUUUCCCGAAUUGACCUUGCCGGUAACGUCAAUCAUCAUCACCGUCAACGUGACCAUCAAUAUCAACCUUCACCCGCCGCACUCCGUCGCCGCCGCCCUUUUUUGCAUCUCACUCGUGUUGGAACCCUAGACGACGACUUUUUCUCCGGCGAUGAUGAUGACGGUCGGACUCUCUUCGGCUCCAAUUCUAAAGCUCCUGUUAAUGGUAGCGUUGUUGCUUUCGGACCUUUCGCUGUUGAUUCCGGUUUCUCGGAUCUCGUUGCUGAUAAUGGUGUUAGGGUUUUGGAAGUGGUUCGUUCGGGAAUCACGUUUAGGCCGGAGGAUUCUUUGAUUGACGUUGAAAAAGAGGACGAGGAGGAUGAGGAGGAGGAUGACAAAGAGGAAAAAAAGGACAAGAGUGAUUUGGGGAACGGGAAACAAGAAAUGGUCACAACUGUUGAUUUGCAAUUGUUUGUCAAGGGAUUGGAGAUAAAUCAUCGUGAUACUGCGGCUUUUUUUGCUUUGUUGGGUUUGUUAUCAGUGGCUUAUGGCUGGGUGAUUAUGGUUUUUCUUGUUACGUAUUCCUGUGUAUUAGGUGUUGUUAUUGUUUCGGUUGUUAAUGAUCUUUUAGGAAGGUUUAGUUCUGCUACUGGGGUGGUUUGGGAUGGUUUCAGAUUAGGUAUCAAGAGAAUUUCUGCGGUUGUUCUGAUAAGGUGGGCAGUGAGGGAUGCAGUGACUCAGCUUGUGGGGAUAUGGUAUUUUGCUGAAAUUGAGGAUCAGUUUUCGUUUUUCAAGCUAUUUGUUAGGUUGAAAUUGAUGCCUUUUUCGGUUAUGUCGCCUUGGGUUAAGGGUUUUGAGAAGGAAAUUUCUGGUUUUUUGUUUACUUGGUUUCUUAUGGAUACUUUUGUUACUUUUAUAUUCUCUGUGGAUUUCUGGGUUGCUUUGGAGGAUUUCAGAAGGGGUAGUAAAGAGAUUGUGAAGGAAGGUUGUUAUUUGUUGUCUUCCAUGUUGUUUCAGGCUAUUCAGAUUAAAUGCUUAGAAGCUGUGCUUUGUGGAUCGCUUGUGAGGUGGGGUUUGGCUCGAAUUUGCGGGAGAGUCUUAGCCAAGAUGUUUCAGUCUACCAUGGAGGUUUACUUCAUGGUUACUUGGCUUGUGUUCUACUUUGUGGCUAAGUCUAGGGAUGCCAAUCAACAGGGUAGGAGGUUUGGGCAGAGGGAAAUUGAAGGCUUAAUUGAUGGGCACAGAUGAUACUUAGCUGUGCUUGCAUUGACAGUUUUAUCGUGCGGGUUUUUGAUUGCGAAUGCACAAGCAGCUGCAAUGUUUCACAGGUUUAUGUCACCUACUUAUGCAGUCACUGUUGGCCAUCGCCACCAUUCUGUAGUUUUGUCAUGCCAUUAGACGUGUUGAAUGUAGUUCGCCUCAAGGCCAAAAUGCUUCUUGUGUAUAUUCUAAAUGAGGAUACUUCAUAUGUAUAUUAUUCGUGGAAUCAUUUAAUUAGCUCACAAAAAGUGUUGGUGAAUGGUGAUGAUAGUUUGUAGUCCCAAAUUACAAGGUUUGAGAAAUGAAGAAUGUUGAUGAUUUUUCUCCAUGCAACAUGGAGUUA